ACUGGCGAGCUACAGAGGUCAGAGACAUUCACAGAGCAGGUCUUCAAGCAGGUUUAUUUUUAACAUAUGUAACUAGUUCUGGUAAAGAGUUCUCUUACGACUUUCUUGAAAAUUUCUGGCUUCCUUAUUCGGCAGGGAACUGGGGAAACUAACCCUGCUUUGCAGAGUUGGUUUAAUAGGGCUGAUUGAAGAGAAAGUGAGGUAGAAUCAACACUGAAUUAGUGAAAAACAACAUUUUUAGUGUUUGAAAAUAUCCCCAUAAAAUUUUUGUGCCUUCAUUUGGGGAUUAACUCUUCAGCUUGAUGGCCUUUCAGGAGCUCUUGGACAAAGCAGGAGGACAGGGGAGAUUCCAAAUCCUUCAGAUGAUUUUACUUUUAACAUCCAUUGGAAUAGCAAACAUUCACUGUCUGCUGGAGAACUUCACUGCAGCCGUCCCUGGUCAUCGCUGCUGGGUUCGUGUUCUGGACAAUGACACUGUUUCAGCUAAUGGCACUGAGAUCCUGAAUUCAGAUGUCCUUCUUAGAAUUUCCAUCCCACUGGACUCAAAUCUGAGGCCAGAGAAGUGUCGUCGUUUCCUCCACACCCAGUGGCAGUUCCUUCAGCUUAAUGGAACCUUCCCCAACAUGAGUGAGCCAGACACUGAGCCCUGUGUAGAUGGCUGGGUGUAUGACCGAAGCAUCUUCUCCUCUACCAUUGUGAAUGAGUGGGACUUGGUAUGUGGAUCUCAGAUUCUAAAAUCAGUGUCUCAAUUCAUUUUCAUGAUUGGAGGGCUGAUGGGAAGUCUCAUGUUUGGCCAUCUGGCAGACAGGUUUGGACGGAGGUUGGUGCUCAGAUGGUGUGUCCUCCAGCUGGCUGUCUUUGGGACUUGUGUGGCCUUUGCUCCCACCUUCCUCAUUUAUUGCUCACUGCGCUUCUUGAGUGGGUUUUCUUCCAUGGGUGUCACGGUCAACUGCGGCUUGCUCACCAGUGAGUGGACAGUGACCAAAUCCAAAGCCUUGGUAACAACACUGGGAAACUGUGCCAGUAGUAUUGGACAGAUAAUCCUGGGAGGCCUGGGUGUUGCUAUUCAAGAGUGGCGCAUAUUGCAGCUGGUGGUAUCGGUGCCCUUCUUUGUCUUCAUUCUGCCCUCAAGGUGGCUGGUGGAGUCUGCUCGGUGGCUGAUUGUCAACGACAAAUCAGAUGAGGGCUUAAAGGAACUUAGAAAAGUUGCAUGCAUAAAUGGAAUAAAGAAUGCUGGAGAAACCCUCACCAUGGAGGUUUUGAGACUCACCAUGCAGGAGGAGUUGAAAGCAGCACAGACCAAAACUUCUGCAUUUGACUUGUUCCGCACACCCAACAUGCGUAAAAGAAUGUGCGUCCUUUGCCUUUUGAGAUUUUCGACCAGUCUAUCCUUUUAUGGCCUUGCUCUCAACCUGCAGUACUUGGGGACCAAUAUUUCCCUGUUCCAGAUUCUCUUUGGAGCUGUCACCCUCCCCGCAAGAUGUAUUGCCCUUUUGGCACUGAAUCAUAUGGGCCGCAGAAUAAGCCAUAUAUUGUUCAUGUUCCUGAGUGGACUUUUCAUUCUGACCACUGUGUUUGUGGCCAAAGAAAUGCAGACGGUGAUUGUGACCUUGGCAGCUUUAGGAAUCUGCACAGUUUCAGCCACUAGUACCAGUAUUGCUGUCUAUCGCAAUGAGCUCAUACCCACCACACUCAGGGGUACAGCUUUAGGAAUCAUUUUAGUGGCCAGUAGGAUUGGAGGAACACUGGCUCCCCUCAUGAUGACACUAGCAGUUUAUAUGCCUCUCUUGCCCUGGAUCAUCUAUGGAGUUUCCCCCAUCCUUGUUGGAUUUUUGGUUGUCUUUCUUCCUGAAACCAGAGAUCUUCCUCUGCCUGACACCAUCCAGGAUGUGGAAAACAGGUGAGUAAGCAUUCAAGUGAGUGUUUGGUGAUGAUAUGUUCUCUGGGUCUGUGGUGAAGACAUUUAAUGCCCGAGAAACACAGAGACCAUUGGAGUCCUUUUCCCAGUUUUCAGGCCCAGGCCCAACUAAUUGAGCCUUUGUGUCUCCAAACAAAAUGAUGUCCUCCUCCACCUGAGGCUCCCUAGAUUUCAUAUACCGCCUCUGCCCAACCUUCACCAUUAGCUUUAGAGGAUAGAGGCCAAUAUUAAGCCUAUUGUUCAUGGGACAUUCUCCCUGCCCUUGGGAAGUGUGCACUCACUACUGAAUUUUUCAGUUUUGCUUAGG